AAACAAUUCAAAAUAUGUCCAACUGCAUCUUAGAAGUAUUCCUACUUUUGAUAAUGCCAAUAUCUAAUGGCUUCUGCGUUGUAGAUUUGCUUAGUUAUCCAUAGCCUAAUAUAAUACAGGUUUUUACAUUCAUGUCUACCUAACAAUUGACGUUUCUAUCUUUUGGAAAGUACGAAAUAUGACUCAUCACACACCCUGAUGACCCACGCCUCCUUUUAUAAACUGAGCUAUAUGACUCGCCUAUUAAAUAAAGGUUAAAUAUUAAUACAGUAGGCCACACACACCAUUUAUCUACUGCAAUCAAUUUCUGUCGCACGCCCGGGACUAUAGGCCAACCCAUGUGUAUGUGCAACGUUAUGUCUCCUAAUUGUUUUAGGCCUAAGCAUAUGUCUUUUGCGACAAGCAAUGUAUAGACGGUGCCAGACACACGGCAGUUGAGUAAGCUAUAUUACAAUGCAGGGACCAGAGGGCACGGGAGUCUCAUUGCAGGUGGUUGCCGUCGGGGACCGUUUUAGCCAGCCAUGGGUUGGUCCUGGGCAGGAGGGCCAUGAUCGUUCAAAAGGUGCAGAUGAAACGCGGAUGCUGCUGAUGUGUGUGAUGAUGGAACGUCUGUGUGGCAUAUUUGACUAUUUUCAUAUGAUGUGGUCGUGCCUCGAUAUGGGAUGGGGUGCUUGCCCUUGCAGGUACGGCAGUAACCCUCAAGACCCGGGUGGAGUGUCACAGACUCAACUCUAUGUUGCCAUAAGCCUUUUAUUUUAUUAUUUAUGAUUUUAAUAUAUAUUAUUCAAUAGGAGUUAUAAUACCACAUUAAAGAAAAAUAUUACUUUGGCCAAUUAGCUAAUUCGUUUUAUGGACAGAUGAUGUAACAAAAUGUAAAUGACAUGCCUGCAGGGAGACAGAAAUAUUACAGUGCUGGAGCUGAGCUAGAGGCUGACUGUGACCUUAAAUCAUCUCUGCCAUUUCUAACACUCUGGCCCAUUAUUUUAUUUGGGGACCCCAAACGAGCCCAUUUUAUUGCUUGAGGACACCAUUAUUAGCCAGAUAAUGAUACUUUUGCGAAGAAAAAAACAAGUUAUGCAGGCAAAAAAUGGACCAGCCCUUCUGGCAUUUGCCCGAAAUGCCAGAUGGCUAGUCUGCCCCUAUGGGACACUGAACCACUAGCCUAGAAUUCAGUCAGUCUGGGGGCUGAAUGCCACUCGGACUAGAGGGUUAUUCUCUCUCUUUUUGUAGAAUAACAAAGUGUCCAUUCAUGUUGCUCUCCCCAGGGAACUGGGCUCUGGCCUCCGAACACGUGACUCAAACAGACCAACCUGAGAGCGCGUGUGAAAAUGAACCUGGCUGUGACAACAGCGCGAGCCACUCAACUGCCGUUGACAUUUACAAGGCCUUCCCUUACAGCUGAAUUCUGAUAGACGAUUGAAAAUAAUAGCUAUUCCUGGGUAUAGUUCGGAAUACUUUUUAUAGACUACAUUAAAAUAAUGUAGGUUAAGAAAUACAUACAUUAUUAAUGUUUAAAAUGAAUGAAAGGUGCCCUAUUUGAGCUCUUUGCAAUUUAAAAAAUCUAGCCUAUAGACUAUGUUAUUACUACACAGUAGGCCUAUGUCUGUUAAAUUUCCACCUGGUUGAGGAAAGGACAUAUCCCUUUCGUAAGCCUAUACCCUAGCAGAGGACUUUCCCCGCAACUGAGAAAACAUCUGCCUAAAUUCUCCAUAUGAGUGCAAUUUACCAAACUACAUUCCCAUCAAAACGUAUAAGCCUUUGAUCUCGCACCACCGGAGGGGGCCAACCAAGUCCUGUGAACAACCAACAGUAUUAUACACAUGUGGUUGCUGAAAAACCCCGCAAGAUGUCGCCAUGGUCUUGACUUGCACCUUUUGUUGCUUGGGCCCAGAAGGAUUGCUAUUUUGUUCACAGGUUGUAACCCUCAUUAACGUUAAACCGAGACGCGCAUGACCUGCAUUUUCCAGAUGUGCAGUACAUGUACACGGCCACUAGAUAGAGCCCAAGUAUCAAAAAUACGUUAUACCUUUUUCAGUUCUUGGCCUGGGCCUGUUCCUAGUUGUUCCUAGUUGGGGCCAACAUUGGGGUCAUCAUUACCGUUAUUCGCAAUCCCCAUCUCCUUCACCACCACUCACCACCCAAACUAUACUAUCUGUGGCCGUUAGGCCUACCAUUCGUUUUUAUAGAACCAAGCCUAUCAUUACAAAAUGCGAUUUAAAUUAUCUGCAUAUAUAUACAAACAAAAUCGUAUUAUUUUGUUCAUUUAUUUUAUGAGUUAUUUACUUUUAUAUGCCAAUGUUUAGGGGUUGAAUGUGCAAAUAUAAAGUGUUCGGAAAAUACGUAUCAAUUACUAGCCUACAUAAAUAAAAGGCUUCGAAAUAACAAGUAAUUGGCAUUUGUCGGCAGUUAUUUCCCAAAGUUUCACGAAGGCUCCAAUUAUCCAGGUGUGGAAAAGCUGUGAGUCGCGCAGUGCACUUGAAGGUAACAGAUGGCUGGAGCCUGUACUGCGGAUCGUCUUUUCACUGAACUAACCUAAAACAAAAGCUAAAACGCGUAUUAAGUCGUGUGGGAACGUAGGCCUAAAUAAUGCGAUUUGAAAAAUGUAAUUCCGUUUUGGUCAACCUUUUUCGAUGACUGGACCCACAGGCUAUUCCGAUUGAUAGCCUAUACCUACAAUUAGCCACAAAUAGCCUACAUGUUGUUUUUUCCAUUUUACACAACUUCUAUCAUUAAAUGAUGUCACGACAAAAUACAAAUUACCGCGUUUGAAACGGUUUCGAUUUACAAAUCUUUGGGCUUGGUAAUUACGCCAUUGAUUGAUUGAUUGAAUUUAUUUGACAAGAUGUAAAAUACAUACAUAAGCGCGCUCCAGCAAGUGACGCCUCCACAUACAAUUUAAGAAAAUCAUCAAGGAUAACACAAUUAAGCUUAUUAGCUUAUUUCCAUUGUGGUCCAACGGUAAUGAUGACGAAAUCCAUUCCCGGUUGUAUCAACCACAAUCAUCCUCACACAUACACACAUACACAUAGCGAGGACAUCCAUAGGACAUCCAUUUUCUACCAACGCUGUCAGGGGGCGAGGGUGCACGUGGCUAAUCAUACAACGCAGCCGCAGCGUCAGUCACAGGCGUCCACAGAUGUUGCUAAGAGAGCAUCUCAGUGAGCUAGCAGAAGGAUUGGAGCGGAACAUUGGUGAUGUUUUCUCGCCAAGUUGAUUUUGGAUUCUAUUUUUAUUCCUAUAUUUGUUGCAAUGUCACCAACUCUAAGGCUGAUUUUCAUGUAUGUACUGUUCCUCUGCUGGUUGUCUCCCUGCGCGGCAGACCUAUGCAACUGGAGUGGAAGUGGUUUGGCGCGUGAGGCUGAGGCUAACUCGCGGACUGUGCAGCAGGUGCGGCUGCGUUGCACAGAGGGUUCGGUGGAGUGGGUCUACCCGGGCCAGGCGCUUCGGGUCGUCCUGGAACCCAACCUGUCCUCUGCGCGCCACACAACGGUCUGCAUCAAACCGUUCCGCAGCUUCAACGGUGCCAGCGUCUACAUCGAGCGGGCCGGGGAACUUGACCUGUUGAUGACGGAUGGAGGGCGGCCGGAGCAAGUGUUCUGUUUCCCGGCGGACGGACCUCAGAAGCCAGCCAUCUUCCUCCUGGCGAACCCGCAGAGGGAUAUCAGCCAACGCGCAGUAGGCUUCAGAUAUGAGUUGCUGGGCGAUCGGACCACUGCGCCCAACCUCGGCCAAAGUGUGUUGCAGGCUAGCUGCCGUCCCUGCAAUGACACAGAGCUCCUCCUGGCCAUCUGCAGCAGUGACUUUGUGGUUCGCGGCUCCAUCAGGAACGUAUCCCACAAUGCUGAGCGGCAGACAUCGUUGGUGGAGGUCUCAGAGGGGAGGGUGUACCGGCAGCGUAGCGGGGUGUUCGAGCGCCACACUGGCACCAUAGGGGUUCCCGGUUCCAGUUCCUCAUGGCACGGUCACAUCCACACACUGUUACAGUGUCACGUAAAGCCUGGGGGCGGAGAGUUCCUAUUCACAGGGACAGAACACUUUGGGGAGGCCUGGCUGGGUUGUGCCCCCCGCUAUAAAGACUUCAUGUCUCUCUACCAAUCAGCUUGGGCGGCUCGUCAGAACCCCUGUGAGUUCCCGCUGGACUGAGGGUGUGUCCCAGUUCCGAGUGGCGAUCCAUGAGCCCUGUGACCUAUAUGUAGGGUUUAUUUUCUUAAAUGGAACACAUUGAGUCUCUUCUUUCUACCCCAGUUGGCAUGGUAGAGAUUAUGUCGCCGUGGCAGCAAGUGAGCGAGAUGAGUUCCUCACGACCACAGCGGUUUGAGAGAUGUUGUCCCUUCUACUCCUCAUGAAUCUAUACCGCUCACAACACCAGCAGGGACAAAUCUGUUGGAGCACUUGUAGAGCACAAGGACUACAAGGCCCAGGGCAGGGGCCCACAGGGGACCCAUCCAACCAGCACUAGAGGGGCCACCCCAGCCCCUGCCGGCCCCAGCGGGGAAAGGCUUAGAGA